UUUUUUUUCAGUUAUUGUAAUCCACUUUCAUUAACAAGAGAUUGAUUCUUUUUCUACUUUUUUUUUCUGUUUUUAUACAUUUACACAACCGCAAUUGCCCUUUUUUUGUUUGUACUCUUUGGUUGAUUACUCCACCAUCUCUAGUUUCAUCACAAGAAAAUACAUCUCAAUUGUUAUAAAAAAAGAAAAAUAAAGUACACGCGUUCAAUGUCGCAUCAACAAGGACAAGGACUUCCAUUGUCUCAACAAGCCUACGGACAACAAUCUAUGGAUGAACAAGAUUUAUUUUCAGAUUACCAACAAUUAUUUGUGGAUACGCAUGCAACGGCUGAAGGCUUUACUAACAAUGGAUUCUAUAACCAUAGCCCCCAAUAUCCAACCCAUUUUAUACCACAACCAGAAGGGGUACCCACUGCCUCUACAGGUGCCACCGUAUCUGCCGUCACCAUUGGUCCCCAACAGCAGCAACAGCAACAAUAUGUGAAUUUGAUGAACUUUCCAAAUAACAACUCCAGUUAUCAGGGCAACUAUGACGGGGUCCCAAUAUCUGGACCCAAUCAUCAGCCAAGAUAUGAUACCAUGCCGUUGCAACAACAGUCUUUCUCAAUGCAUCCUCAGCAGCAACAGCAACAACAAUAUCAACAGCAAUUGCAGCAACAACAACAUAUGUUAUUACAAAGACAACAGCAGUUGCAUUUACAGCAACAGUUGCAAAGACAAAAGCACCAACAACAACAGCAGCAGCAGCAGCAACAACAGCAACAACAACAUCAUCAUCAUCAACAUCAGCAACAACAACAAUAUCAUCAUCAAUAUCGUCCUCAACAACAGCAGCAACAACAACAUCAGCAACAACAGAUAUUAUUUCAACAACAACAACAACAUUCGCCUAUUCCCUCUUCUUCGUCGUCCAAAUCUCAAAAGAGAUCCAGCCGAACGACCACCAAGAGACGUGUUAAAUAUGAUGAAUCCUCUGAUGAUGAUGAAGAGAUGGUAAAUGAUGAAGAAGAUGAUGAAGAGGAGGAAGAAUUACGAUUACCUGAGCAAUCGGAUGAUAGUGAUUUUGAACAACCCAAGCCCAAGACGGAAGCCCCCGUGGUGAUGAUUCCGAUGGGUACCAAGACGUUUGAAAAGAUGUUGGAUUAUCGAUUCAACAGUCGAACGGGAGGUCAUGAAUUAUUGGUGAAAUACAAAUAUUCGAGUUAUCAUCACGUCGAAUGGUUACCCAAGGAGAAAAUCGAGGCGGAACACUUAGGAAAACAUCGGGUGAAAAAGUUCUUGACGAAAUGGCAUAUGGAUGGUCAAAAGGGAGAAGAUUUUUCGGAAUAUCUGAAAGUGGAUCGUAUCAUUGAUGAAGGCGAAUUGGCGGAUCCCGUAACGGGUGAACCUAGUAUAUUUUAUCUUGUCAAAUGGAAUGGUUUAUUCUAUGAUGCUAGUACCUGGGAGAGUGAAGAAGAUGUACAAAAGAUGGAUAUUGCAAAGAUUCAUGAAUUCCAAAGCCAUCGUAUCAUCCCGCAAGAAAAACUACCCAAUCCACCUAAAAGACCCGACUAUACUCAAUUUAUGAAAUAUGCGGGUGGAAUGAAAUACAAGUUUGGUAACGAAUUGCGUAGUUACCAAUUGGAAGGAUUAAAUUGGAUCCGAUUCUGUUAUUACAAUUACCGUUCGUGUAUAUUGGCGGAUGAGAUGGGACUGGGUAAAACGGUGCAAUCGGUAGCAUUUCUGAAUGACUUGUACUACCAGUUAAAUGUCCGAGGACCCUUCUUGAUUGUGGCACCAUUAUCGACCAUUCCGCACUGGGAAAGAGCGUUUCGUGCAUGGACCGAUUUAAAUGUGAUUGAUUAUCGUGGUAGUCUCUUGUCGCGUAAUUUGCUGGUCGAAACCGAAUUCUAUUAUAAGGAUGUUCAGAGUAAACCUAUUCCCAACCGAUUCAAGUUUGAUGUGUUGAUCACGACCUAUGAAAUGGCUUCGGUGGGAGCUCCUCAUAUCAAGGAUAUUCCUUGGAAAUGUGCGGUGUUUGAUGAAGCACAUCGAUUGAAGAACAAACAAUCCAAGGUCGGCGAAUUAUUGAAGGCGUUUUCGAUUGAUCACAAGUUGCUGUUGACGGGUACACCUUUGCAGAAUAAUUUGGAUGAGUUAUACAGUUUGUUGAAUUUUAUGCAGCCAGAAGUGUUUAGCAAUGAACGUGCCUUUUUCGCCGAAUACGGAAGGUUAGAAACUGCACACGAGGUAGAGAAAUUGCAAGCAUUGUUGAAACCCAUCAUGUUGAGAAGAUUUAAAGAAGAUGUCGAAAAGAGUAUUCCUGUCAAGGAAGAAACCGUGAUUGAAGUGGAAUUAACCAACCCUCAAAAGAAAUGGUACCGAGCCAUUCUUGAAAAGAAUUUCAGUUUCUUACGCAAGGGAGCCAAAUCCAACAAGGAAAUGCCUCAUUUACGUAACAUCAUGAUGCAAUUAAGAAAAUGCUGUAUCCAUCCUUACUUAUUGGAAGGAGCAGAAGAAGUGAUUGUGAGUGACAGUCGAGCCAAAACUCCUCAGGAACAAUUUUCCUGCUUGAUUGAUUCAUCUGGUAAAUUGGUCUUGAUUGAUAAAUUACUUCGUAAAUUGUUUGAAGGAAACCACAAAGUCUUGAUUUUUUCUCAAUUCACUAGUUGCUUGGAUAUCUUGUCUGAUUAUCUUCGUGGAAGACAAUACCCCCAUGAACGUAUCGAUGGUAGUGUACCUGGAGAUCAAAGACAGGCUGCCAUUGAUCGUUUCUCAACUCUUCCCAUUGAUCAGUCGUUUGUGUUUUUAUUAUGUACCAGAGCAGGUGGUGUUGGUAUUAAUUUAACCGCGGCGGAUACGUGUAUUAUUUUCGAUAGUGAUUGGAAUCCCCAAAACGAUUUACAAGCGCAAGCACGUUGUCAUCGUAUUGGACAAACGAAGCCUGUGCAAGUGUAUCGAUUGAUUUGUCGUAACACGUAUGAAAAAGACAUGUUUGAUCGAGCGGGUAUGAAACUCGGACUAGAUAAAGCCGUGAUGCAACGUAUGAGUACAACGCAACACCCACAUCCUGGUACAGCAGAAGAAGAAGCGUCGAAUAUGUCCAAGAACGAAUUGAACCGUAAAGAAAUCGAAGCUUUAUUGAAAAAGGGAGCGUAUGGUGCUGUGAUGGAUGAUGAGGAAAGUCAACAGUUUUGUGAAGAAGAUAUUGAUCAAAUUCUGGAAAGACGUACGACCGUCAUCCGUCAUGAAGGAAACGAAAAGGGGUCUAUUUUCUCCAAGGCUACGUUUUCUUCUUCAACGGAACAAGGUGUGGAAUUGGAUGACCCCGAUUUUUGGGAAAAGUGGGCAGCAAAAGCGAAUUUGGAUGUUCAGGAUACACCGGACGAGAAUGAUUUGAUUGUAUAUGAACCACGUCGUCGACGUCAAGUACAACGAUUUGGUACACGUAAUGCCGAUGGUGCCUAUUCUUCCAAUGACAAUGCCGAUGAUUCCGAUGCGUACGAGGAUGAAACGGAUAAAUCCGGUAAACGGGAUGCUCCUCGACCUUGGACACUUUCUGAAAAGACGAAAUAUGAACGUAAACUCAUGAUCUAUGGAUAUGGGCCCUGGCAACAAAUGCAAGUUCAUUUCCCACGUCGUACCGAAAAGGACCUGAAAGCAGCAACACGUUACUUGAUGCGCAAAGUAAGACAUGUGGUAGAAGCCAAUUCGGAAGAAGACCGCAAGUUAUUGGAAGAUAUUGAUUUUAUCCUAUCCAGUGAUGCCAAGGAUGAAUCCAGUGAUCCUACAAUCCCUUAUGUCGGCGCAUCCAAGAAACAUAUUGCUGAAUUCAGAUCGUUCUUGAUCUCUGCACCAACGGAUUAUAUUGAACAUAUUGAAAGAAAAGGUCGUAACUUUCUAUUAAGAAUUCAAAUGCUUCAUAUGGUUCGAGAUCGUAUUGUGCCCAAAGACUGGCAAGUGGCUAAAGUAUUACCAAUUCCUAAAGUCACAGGAUCUUUACCGUGUGAUUGGUGGGGAGAGUCUGAAGAUCGUGAUUUAUUAUUGGGUAUUUGUAAACACGGAUAUCAACAAUACUUAACAAUGCGUAAAGAUAAAGAAUUUUGUUUUUAUGGCAAGACGUUUGAUGAUAGUAAAGCCGGCACACUCCAAGAAGAUGAUGAUGAAGCGGCAUUGGGCGCACAAGAUGAUUAUGAUGUAGGUACAACGGGAGGAGAUGCCACGGUGUAUGUGUGGCCUUCAAAAGCUGAUAUUGGCAUGCGCUUGCGACGUAUCAUUGCAGCAUUUUUACGAGAAGAAGGGAAUGAGAAUCGUAGAAGACGAGGAGGCGGUCCAACUGCUGUGACAGGUCAUGGAAGAGCGACAGGUACAGCUGGUGGGGGAGGAGGAGGCCGAAGUUCACGUCGAGCCACGGAUUCCGGAAAUCGCUGGCAAAAGAAGAACCGAGGCGAUUUCAUGCGUACGAUUUUAUCGUUUGGUGUAGAGACCGUACAAGGAGAUCCUAAUAUUCGAUGGGAGAGAUUCCGAGAGAUCUCGGGUUUGGAGAAUCGAACAGAUGCCUCGUUGGAUUUGUACUAUUAUAAAUUCAUUGCGGCUUGUAAGGAAAUCAUGAAGAAACAACAAAAGACGGAAGAUGAUCAAAAGAGUCGUGAGUCGAGUGAGGAAGCUGCCACGGAGGAGCUGGAAUUGGUGGAUACAAUUCCGUAUGAUAAAGCAAGACGAGCUCUGAAACGAGUUGAUCAAAUGAAGAAAAUUCGUGAGCUAGUUGUGGUGGAUCCCGAUUAUGACAUUUCGAUUGCUAAGGCAAGAAAAACAUCCGGUCUACCACCAUGGUGGGAAGUGCCUUUACAUGAUAAAGCUUUAUUGGAAGGUAUUUGUAAACAUGGUAUUGGAAGACACGAUUUGAUGGUGAACGACACGGAAUUGCCAUUCCACCGUAUUGUACAACGAAAUAUUGAGAAUAGCACACUGGAAGAUCCCAACCUGGAAUCGACUGCCGCGAUGUUGAUCCGUAUUGCCUGGCCUAAAGAACUUGUGAUCCAAAGACGUAUUGAUGCAUUAUGUGAGCUUAUUCUUCGACCUAAACAACCUCAAAAACGCCAAAUCCGUAGCCGUAAACGUAAAUCCAUGACGGAUACGCUACCGAUUGCUUCUGCUUCUAGUAGUUCCGCUGUUAUUGGUGGUGGUAGUGCAACCUCUUCUGUAUCUGUAGCAUCGAAAACUCCCGUCCUGUCAUCGAUUACUCCACCUCCCCAUGUGGCUAAUCGACAAUACCUCAGCGACAUAGCUACAGAUAGUGAAGACGAGGAUGACGAGGAAGAGGAAGAGGAUGAAGAAAUGAUGCGACAGAAGCGAGCGCGCUAUGAAGCUCAUCAACGACGUGUGCCUACCAAACCCUUAAAAUCUCAAGGUUUUAGACAUCCAUUGAUGCAUUCACCCAAUACCGUCAUGACUCCUUCCGAAAGCACCAUGGAUACUUCUUCUAAUCUUGAAGAAGACGAUGAAAUGGAGGAUGGGGAAAUUGCCUAUUCAGAAGAUGACGAAGAAAGUGGAGGUAACAGUAGCAUGUUAGUAGAAUCAGCAUUUGCAUUUUGAUACAUAUUAAAAAAAAAGAACAAAAAUUAUGAAUAAAAAAAACCCAAUUUUUCCGCCCACGUUAUGACUUGAUUGUGUGUGUGUGUGUUACGAAAGGGUCAAAUAAAAUAUGUGCAAAUAAAAAUC